UCCGCAGGGUGCGCCGCCUGCCGCGUACGCGCGCUCAGCGACGCUUCGAUUAGAGUGGAUGAGGCUCAUCCCGAGGUGGUGGCCAUGGAGACGGGAGCCGGCGGCGGCGCAUGGAGGGAAGUGGCCGGAUGCGGAGCUGGCGGGCCGCCAUCUCCAAGUCGAGGCCGGGGGUGUCGACGGGGAGUGCGCCGAGUCGACGGCGUCGUCGGAGCACCACCAAUGGCGGCUGCCGGUGGAGGAGCCGGUCCACGUCGAGGAUUCCGGGGAUGAGGCGUCGGCUGCCUCUGUCCACGCUCAUGAGGUGGCCGGCUCUGGUUCGGAGGGGAGCAACUGCGGCGAGAGCGAUGGUGAAACGGUGGAGGGCGGUGCUGGCGGCCGACGGCGGGGGCGGAGGAGGGAGCGAGGCGGGUUUCCGGUGUUCAUGGUCGUCGGCCCCGCCGCGGCGUUGCUGCUCGCGCUGGUGGCGCUGGUGGCAUGGAAGAGGCAGCAGCGCCGGCGGCUAGCUGGAUGACGCGCGGCAUGCACGUACUGGCAUGUCUAGUACUCGUACGCAGCCGUACGUGUACGUUGACAUCUACAGGUGCGGUUGAUUUCCAUAUGAUACGACCGUACACCACUGGACGUGUCACUGUACAUAGUUUGUCAUACAUGCUGGGAUCACUGUACAAAUUUGAGUCGAGUUGAAUGUCUCCGUACAUA